AUGGGGUUUGCAUCCAAGAUCGCCAACAGCCAGCCUCCAGGCGGUGCUGCUCCCCCAGCAGGAGGAGGACAGGCUGUCUACUCUGGGGCUCCUCCAACGGGCUAUACAGGAGGGCCUCCUCCAGCGCAAGGCGGACCGCCGCAGCAGCAGCAGUACCAGGCGUACAACCCAGCUCAGCCACAAGGGCAGCAGGCAUACCCACCUGCUGCUCAACCCAGCGGUCCCGCGCAGUACCCAGGCCAGCAGCCUCCGUACCCGACGUCAUCCCCGCAACCGCCGUAUCCCCCAUACAACACUGCGUCGCCUCAACCACCUGGUGCUCACUAUCCAGGCUCGUCGCCGCAGCCUCCUCCAGGCCAGGGAUACCAGCAGCCUGCUUAUGGUCAACAACCGCAACAACAAUCGUACUCGAGGGCCGCCCCUCCUCCGCCGCAGCAGCAGCAGCAAUAUGGUGCUGCCCCGCCCCAGCCCUAUGGACAGGCCCCUCCGCAAGCUGGCUACCCCAACGCUCCCCCACAGGGAUACCCGCCUCAAGGUGCUCCAGCAGGAAACUAUGGACAACCACCACCAGGAGGCCAGGGAUAUGGUGGAGCUUAUGGCGGUGCGCCUCCUCAAGGAGGUGCUGGUCUUCGAGCAACUCCUCAACAAUUGUCGAGCUACAAGCAGCUCUUGAUUGGAACUAUCCAGGAAAAGCAGUUGCAGGCAUUUUACCCACCCGAGAGACUGGAGAGCCUUGUCCGAAACCUGGAAACCGCUCCAGAUAAGAUCCAGCAACUCAUGAAGGAGUGGAACGUCGGCCAGGAGGUGGCCAUGGAUGUUCUCAAGCUGGCGUUGUUCGAUACCGUCAUCUACGUGGACGACAGUGGUUCUAUCCAGUUCGAAGAAGACGGGGCCCGCCUGUCCCAGCUAAGACACUAUUUGGGUUUGAUUGCCACUGCUGCGUCCAAAUUCGACCAAGACGGCGUCAACAUUCGUUUCAUGAACUCGGAAGAACGGGGCGAUCAUAUUCGCAGCAAAGAAGAGGCAGAGGCGCUUGUGUCUCGCGUGCGCUUCUCUGGCCUGACUCCCAUGGGAACCAGUCUUCGACAGAAAGUGCUCGACCCGAUGGUGAUUGGGCCAGCCCGUGCUGGUCGUCUUGAUAAGCCCGUGCUUGUGAUUACAAUUACAGAUGGACAGCCUGCCGGUGAGCCCCACGGUGCUGUGGCAGAUGGCAUUCGCUCUGCUAUCGACGAACUGUCGCGCAGCCGCUACGGCCGUGGUGGUGUCUCCUUCCAGUUCGCCCAAGUCGGCACAGAUUUGCACGCCCGGCAGUUCCUGGCGAAACUGGAUGAAGACCCUACCAUCGGUAACUUUAUCGACUGCACUUCGAAUUUCGAGGUCGAACAAGACGAGAUGUCGAGGGCCAACCCGCCAGUCCACCUCACUCGUGAACUUUGGAUUGCCAAGGUCAUGCUAGGUGCGAUCGACUCGUCCUACGAUACCAAAGAUGAAAAGGCUGCUGGAGCUGGAAGACCUCCACCACCGCCGGCUGGUGGCCAGUACGGCGGCGGCUAUAACCAACAACCAGGCGGCUAUCCUCCUCAACAGUCGCAAGGCUACGGACAGCAGCCCGGCUAUGGCGCGCCGCCUCAGCCAGGCUACGGACAACCACCACAAGGAUAUGGCCAGCAGCCUCAGUACGGAUACGGCCAACCCCCGUCGCAAGGACAGGCACCACCGUAUGGACAGCCGCCGCCACAACAGCAGGGUGGCUACCCCCCUCAGCAGGGAUACGGCCAGCCUCCUCCUCCGCGCCGAUACUAG